CGGGUGGGGCCCGGGCCCCUGUUUACGUCUCCGGGGGCAGCUCGGGUCUCGGCGGUCAGGGAGAGUCGGUGAAGACGUCCAUGCACGGCCCAGAGUGAGAUGGAUGGCUCCUGCCAGCGGUACAGGAAGAAGGAAUGGACUCGGAAGGAAGAAAAUUCAUUUCAGAGACAAAAUAGCUCCCCUCCUCUGUUAUAGCUGUUCCCCUGGCAAUACAAACUUUCUGCUUUCACUUUUUGUGGAAGUAUGACUUUGUCUCCAUCUGGUGGAAAUCCAUUUUAAUAACUCCUCCUUGUCCGUCUCAAGUGGGCAGGAGAAUGAGGUCACUACUACUGGCUCUUAAAGUGGCCAUUGGGCUUAGCUUUGAAAGUAACCACCCGAAGGCUUGAGAGGGUCCGGUGACACUGUGUCUGUGAAACCUGUUUGCAGUUACUUCAGGGUUCUGUAGCAUUCCAGACUCGAGCACUGAAUCAGGAUGGGAAAAAGACGUUGUGUUCCUCCACUCGAGCCCAAGUUGGCAGCAGGCUGUUGUGGGGUCAAGAAGCCCAAGCUGUCUGGAAGCGGAACGCACACUCACGGGAACCAGUCCACAAGUGUCCCCGGCUCUAGUUCAGGACCUCUUCAAAACCACCAGCAUGUGGAUGGCAGCAGUGGUCGGGAGAAUGUGCCGGACUUAACUCUGGGACCUGGAAACUCUCCCAUUACACGCAUGAAUCCCGCAUCGGGGGCUCUGAGCCCUCUGCCCCGACCCAAUGGAACUGCCAACACCACCAAGAAUCUGGUGGUGACUGCAGAGAUGUGCUGCUACUGCUUCGACGUCCUCUACUGUCACCUCUAUGGCUUCCCACAGCCGCGACUUCCUAGGUUCACCAAUGACCCCUAUCCGCUCUUUGUGACAUGGAAGACAGGGCGGGACAAGCGGCUUCGUGGCUGCAUUGGGACCUUCUCAGCCAUGAAUCUUCACUCAGGACUCAGGGAAUACACGUUAACCAGUGCACUUAAGGACAGCCGGUUCCCCCCCCUGACCCGAGAGGAGCUGCCCAAACUUUCCUGCUCUGUCUCCCUCCUCACUAACUUCGAGGAUGCCAGUGAUUACCUGGACUGGGAGGUAGGGGUCCAUGGGAUUCGAAUUGAAUUCCUCAAUGAAAAAGGUGUCAAACGUACAGCCACAUAUUUACCUGAGGUUGCUAAGGAACAAGACUGGGACCAGAUCCAGACAAUAGACUCCUUACUCAGGAAAGGCGGCUUCAAGGCUCCCAUCACCAGUGAAUUCAGGAAAACGAUCAAACUCACCAGGUACCGGAGUGAGAAGGUGACAAUCAGUUAUGCAGAAUAUAUUGCUUCUCGACAACACUGUUUCCAGAAUGGCACUCUCCAUGCCCCGCCCCUCUACAAUCAUUACUCCUGACACACGGCUGCAUGACCAGCCCCAACCCCCUGUGGCCACCAAUGGCUAUGACAUCAUUGGAGCAGAUGCCUCCUCCUCCUGGUCCAGUUACUUCUAUUACUGCACCAUUUUGUGACGCCGGCUUCCGUUGCCAAGUCUGCCUCCAGCUGGCUUGGGGGUGGGUGGAGGGACGGGUUAGAUGGAAUGAAACAGAACUUGAGGGGCCCAAGCCUUAUCUCAGCCUUUCCUCAUUAUGGGGUUCCGUUGGAUUGGGGCUCCUCCAUGAUGAGAGAGAAUUGCCUUGUGGGUGCAGAAGACCCUCCGCGUGCACGUGACCACUUCUUGUUGGCCACACAGUGGAAGCUGGAGUCGUGGUUCCUGAAGGCUUACCCCACAUACACCCUCACACAGCCUCCCCAGAUCAAGUAGGUGUUCCCUUGGCAGUCUGGGCAACGGAGACCAACAAGAAACAUUUUUAGGUUGUUUUAAAUUCCUUUUUUAAAAUUCCAGUUUAUUGCAUACCAACAGUUGAUUACAACUUCCAUGCUUCAUAAGUGGACGCCAUGUCAGGGUUGAACGUGGGCACCGUGAGUCCUUGGAGGCUCCUGGACAGAGACCCACCUCAAGAUCGAAAGCCCUUUGGAUGGCGUGGCAGAUCUCAUUGCUCAGUCCGCCUGGAGGUUUACUCUCACCUGCUCUCAGUUGGAAUUUCUGGCACUCUUGCAUUGCGUCUCCUGGUACUGAACAGAGCUCUGGUGUGCCUGCUGAGGAAGGAGCUGGGAUGCCUGCAGGAGAGCCUGGCGUCAUUGCAGCACAGUGUGAAAGGAGAGACCCCUUCCUUACCACCCGGCUACCUCACUCCUCUGCUGGUAGCAGUGCCUACAGCUGCAUCUAGGUUCACAGGAGACGUAGAUGUUUGACAAGCGCAGAUGUUUGACAAGCGACUAGGUUGGGCUUUAGAAAGAUACAUUGUCACAGGAGAGAAUCCAGGGUCUUCAAGCUGUUUUUUUCUUUUCAGGCAAACAUUUUUGAGGAACUUAAAAGCAAAGGGGUUCCUUUUUCUAGUUUCCCUGUAGAAGUGAGAAGACAAUUGAUGAUUCAGUCCUUUACAGGACUUGAGAACAAAGCUGUGUAAUUAAACAAGGUGAAUCGUUAUCUUGCCUAAUAUGCUGGGAACCCUCACCCCAUCAGGGCAGAGUUCCAAAUAGCUCACUUUAUUCUAAGUCAUUCAGUUUUUCAUGUGGCACAUUUGCCGUUGUUGCCGACUCUAGCUGUCAGCAAGUUUCUCUUCUCUCUCGCCUAUCCUUCACUUGUUUGGUAGCAAAGUUAGAGAAGUUGAGGACUUAGAAGAUGCUUUGGAAACAUUGUCACAUUGGCACUGCUGAAAGUAUUCACAGGAAGAGGUGGCCAGCUGGGAAGAAAGACCCUCAGGGUGAUACACUGGUUUUCAGCAACAUGCUUAGAGAACUCUUGAAGUGGAUUAGAUGUCAACCUGGUGGACACAAUGUUUUUAUUUAAUUUAUUUUUUAAAGUUUAUGUGAUGAUGGUGUGGCUUUUCAGAAUGGGCAGAUAGAUAGUCAAGUCAAAAGAUCUUUCAAGUUUUCCUCUGCCAGGCAUUGGGGGUUGGGGGUGGGCAAGGACACCGUCUAAGAAAUGACACCUGCUGUUAUAGGUAUUGCUGUCCCAUUUCUUGGAAGAGACAAAUAAAGGUGGGCAGAUUUGCUUGGCAUCAUCCUCUGUCCGUGAGACUGUGGAGUGCAGGGGCCGUGGGCCAUACCAGCCUGCCAGGCCGAUUGCUUUCUCACACCCUGCCACUUCCUUUGCAGAGGAAUGAAAGAGCUAUUGCAGAUGAAGGGGUCGUUUCAUGAUUUCUUGCUGCUGAGAAUAAUAAAUGUCUUGUUACAUAUGCGAGGACAGUUACUUUCAGGUGCCAUGAAUUGAUGUCGGGUGGUCCAUUGGGACUAAACCACCCACCUUCAGUUUGUACAACAGUAUUGAUAUAUAGGGCUACACUUCAUUACUGUUUGUGUUCCAUGUUAAAAGUUGUGUUUAAUUUCUAAAGAUUAAAAAAAGCAAAAAAAUUGGUGCUAAAUUUUACCCCUGAGCACGCUCAGUGAAACUGGUCAUGCAAGCAUUUACAGUGCCAUGCUCUUCAAGCCUUUUUCUUGUACAAAUGUUGCCCCACUUGUCUUCCCCAAUGUAUAGUGUGUUACUUUAUUUUAUUUUAUUGCUGGUGGGGUAGGAGACCUACCAUUUAAGAAAAUGAACAGAAAAUUUGAACCCACAAAAUGAGGGGGAGUGGGAUGAGUGCACAGGAAUCAGGCUGGUCAUGCCCAGCACCAUGCAGUGGGCUCUGGUCUUGCGAAGCCUUACCCUGCACAUCCCCUCACGCUCCAUACUGGUCCAGCAGUGCAGGUACUCCAGGUCCUCUUGCUUGUCAAGGGGACUCGAGUUGACCAAGAGAAAUUUGGCCCUGUCAAGAAUGGCACUGUCAUGGGGCCUUAUCAGGAAGCAGUAUGGAAGUGUGUGGUCAUUGUCACCUCAUGAAAAUGGGUGGCUGGUGGCUCUCAGGAAGAAAACUAAGUCUGGAUCAUCCGUGUGGCGGCUUUGCGUAGGGGGAUGGCGGCUCCAAACCAGAACUGACUGCCUUCCACAUACUUGACUAAUGAAGCGAUGAGGGCCAGUGCAUGUGUGAGUGGUAGGUGUAAAGAGAAGGAAUGUUUUUCCUUGGUGUCUUGUUUGUCCUUGGGCUGCUCAAGCUGAACAGUAGGUGACUGCUGUUUUCCAGCAACCGACCCAACUUGGCUGGUUUGGUUCAGAGUUCGUUUCAUCCCUAGCUGUGAGUGCCUUUUGGUCUGGAAAGUUAGCUUGUCUCAUAAUACCCACAGCUAGGACAUUCUGUAAUUAUGAAUUGUGUUUGUUUCACAUUAAAAGAGGAUGUCUGAUCACUAGAGUUUGUCAGUGUUGGAUUGUUUCCACUGUGAGGUUCUUAAACUUUUUCGCUUCAUAAUUAAGCAAUUCAUGUUAGAGACCCUUUCAACACGAAAGGUUUGUAAUUGAGACAUAACAUUUUGUUUAAAAUAAAAGUCAUCUAUACAGAAGUCCUAGGUGUUAAUUUUAAUGUCUGCACCAAAUCUGUUUUCCAUGUUAACACCUAAAAUCUCACUAACUGUUAAUGUUCUUUUCUGUUGAGAUUCUGGAACCUAGGGAGCUUGUGUUUUUUUCGGUUAAUUUUCAACCCCAUUUCCCGGAAGCAAGAGACUUUGUAUGGCCUUCAGAUGCAAGAAUUUCAGACCAAUUCUUAUUCCACUUGGUUGCCUCUUGGCUAUAUAACUUCUGAGUGCAAGUCAUUGAACUCUUUAACGAAGUAUUGUAGAGAAUAAAUCAU